AAGAUAAAGAUAAAGAACAGAGAAAAAGGAAAUCAAAUCAUUGUUAUCUUCUCUGACCAAGAAACGAGUCACAGAAGGGAAAGGGGCAAUACCCAAGUGGUAUUUGAUGUGGAGGCGCUAAGAAUAGAAAAGGGUAAGAGAAAACAAAGAAGAUCUAAGCAGAGAAGCUCAAUCCGAACCGAAGCUGCAAAAAAUCAUAAACCCAUAACGGUUUUGCUUCCUCUUUUUAUCCUUCAUUCUCACAUCUAUGCUGUCUUUGGAAGAGAUCAAAGUUCUCCAAAAAACCAAGCCCUGUGUGUCUCUUACAUAGCAUUCACUUUUGUCGUUUCUCAAGAAUUUGAACUCGUUUGAUAACCACAGAACAUCGAAGAUACCUUUUUUUCUGUAUAUUUAGUAUAUAAAUUGACCCAUUUUUGAGCUUUAAUUUCUGCAAACGAUUCUUCUUCUUCUCCAUCUAAUGUUUUUUCCCGAAGAAGAAACCUGGUCGGGGAAAGAGAUGGAGCCUCUGUAUAAUCAGCUUGACAAGUACUCUUACAAGGAGUCCCUUAAAGCCCUGGAAGCUGAUAUACAAUAUGCCAAUACCUUGGCAGCAUCAAUUCCAAGAGCCAAGGGUGGUGCGCGUGUUCAAAUGAAAUUAGUUUGUAGCCAAUUCACGCCUUUGUUUCUGUUUCUGCUCCAGUGGAUGGAUUUCUCUUGUGCCUGCCUACUACAGAGAUAUCUAAACCUCUUCCACAUAAUGGUGUACAAGGUAUGUCAAGACGGGAGGCGUAGCAUUUCUUCGCAUGGGAGGAAAGCAACAAUUGGGCAAUUCUAUGCUGUCAUAUUGCCCUCUCUACAACAGCUCAAUAGUAAUUCUCAUGAGGGAGAUUGCAGCAUUGACAUGUUUGGAAGAAAGAGAGUGGAAGAAAAGAAGUUCUUCUCUGAUAUGGAUCUGGAGAGAGAAGAUGAAUGUGGGAUUUGCAUGGAGCCAUGCUCCAAGAUGCUCUUGCCUACCUGUUGCCAUACCAUGUGCAUUAACUGCUACCAUGACUGGAAUACAAGGUCAGCAUCCUGCCCAUUUUGCCGGGGUAGCAUAAAGAGGGUUAAAUCAGGAGACCUAUGGGUUCUCACCAGCAACAGUGAUGUGGUUGACAAAGAGACAGUGGCCAAGGAAGACCUACUGCGGUUCUACCUCUAUAUUGAUAAGCUGCCAAAAGAUAUUCCAGAUACCCUUUUCUUAGUGUAUUAUGAGUACCUAAUCUGAUCAAAGGGAGAUCCGAAGAAUAAUGUACAGAAAGGGUAUCCAAUCGGACGUACAGAAAAAGAAAAGCCGACCGUAGCUUGUAAACAGAGUCUGGUGAGAAAAAAUCUCCUAGUUAAGACAUCAAAUGAUCUCAUCCUCUCUUAUACUUGUGUAGAACUGUGUAAGCCUCAAAGAGGCUCCAAAAAUGAAUGAAAGUUGAAUUUCUCAUGUCAAAA